GGGACCCCCCUACCUAAAUCUCCUUUCCUCAGUCAUUUUUGAAGAUUGAGAGGCUCUGGGGGUGGAGAGGCAGGGCUAUGCUUUAGUUUUUGUAUCCUAAACAAGACCUCAUCUUUCCUUAAAAUUAAAUACAGUUUAAAAGGCCAUCUCAAGGGUUUGUUGCAGCAACAACCAGCUUCUCUACAGGGUGGAAAAUCCAGCGGUCUGAAGGCGAGCCAACAAGCCUGGCUGCAAUUCCUCCAAGUAGGCACCAGGUGUCGCUGUGGGCUCGUUGUCCCGGCUACCCCCCAAUUCCAAGAACCAUUUUUUUUUUUCUCCCCCUUCUCUCUCUCUUUCUCUCUCACUCCCUCUCCCCCUUGGUUGGGCUUUGCCAACAUAUCAAGAUGCGUUUCGCCGGCUUCCAUCACUAACCUCCCGGAGGUCAUCAAGCCAAAUUUAUGAGUGGCCGCUCGAGUCACGUGACUCUAUUUAAGGCUCCCUUAUUUGGGAAGAGCGCAUAGGAUAAAGAAAGAGAUAUCUCCACCUAUAAAUUGUGCACUUUGGAGAACAAAAAACCCCUCAACUUCAAAGAGUCACAAAUCACCCUUAAUCAAAAAGGGUGCAGAAAUUUUUUUUGGGCCCUCCCCGCCAUGAGCUCCUACGUAGCCAAUUCAUUCUUUAAGCAGAGCCCCAAUAUCCCUGCCUAUAACAUGCAAACUUGUGGGAACUAUGGAUCGGCCUCAGAGGUGCAGGCAUCCAGGUACUGCUACGGUGGAUUGGACUUAAGCAUCACUUUCCCACCGCCUGCGCCUUCCAACUCUCUCCACGGGGUAGACAUGGCUGCCAACCCCCGGGCUCACCCCGACCGCCCCGCCUGCAGCGCCGCGGCCGCUCCGGGACACGCUCUGGGCAGAGAUGAAGCGGCUCCUCUGAACCCCGGGAUGUACAGUCAGAAGGCGGCUCGCCCAGCGCUGGAGGAGCGAGCUAAGAGCGGUGGGGAGAUCAAAGAGGAACAGGCGCAGACAGGGCAGCCCGCCGGACUGAGCCAGCCACCGGCCCCGCCACAGAUUUACCCGUGGAUGACCAAACUGCACAUGAGCCACGAGACGGACGGCAAGCGGUCCCGAACCAGUUACACGCGCUACCAGACUCUGGAACUGGAAAAAGAAUUCCACUUUAACCGUUACCUCACUCGCCGCAGGCGCAUAGAGAUCGCCAACAACUUGUGUCUCAACGAGAGACAGAUCAAGAUCUGGUUCCAGAACCGCAGGAUGAAGUGGAAGAAAGAUUCCAAAAUGAAAAGCAAAGAGGCUCUUUAGACGCAGCGGGGAGGCCCGCAGAUAGCGCCCCGAGCCCGCUCGGGUCCCCGCGCCUUUCCUUUUCCGUUUUCCUCUCUCUAUAUUUUGGGGCAAGGGCGGGGGCUGCGGCACCGGCUCCGGGGCCUCACAGACAAAAGCGCUUUCCCUUGGCAUUCCGCAUCCCCACCGACCCCAGGUUCCCGCGGGGCUGUCCGCGCUGCCCGGACUCCCCUCAGUUCUGCUCAGCACGGGGGGCCAGGGCAAGCUCCGCGGGGGCUCCCCAGAGGGCUUCGGGAGACGGGCUGGUGCUGAACGACCCCGGGCCUGGGCCGCCUCUCAGGCUUCCAACCCCAGCGCGGCCCGCCGGAAUUAAGGUGGGCCCUGCGGGCGCUCCAGGCCCGGAGCCCCGACCCUCCGGCCUCCUCCGUCCUUUGUUCCCGGCUUAGGCUGGCCAGGCGGCUGAGGGCUGGCGAGAGCGGUUGUGCUUGGCGGAGUCCGGCGCCAGACUCGGGGUGCUCCGCUGUAGCGACUAAACUCCAUGUUCGGUUUUUAAAUGAUUUGCAUAUGAAAGGGGGAGAUGACUGAAGGGUCCGCCUAGGGCCCCCUCGGUUGUCCUAGGCUCUCCAGACCUUCUCACCCAUCCCUAAGCCCAGUACCCUCUCCAGCCUGUGCCCUCUGCAUGCUGCCUCAGGCCCCUCCGCCUCAGACCACUAGAUAGCCCAACUAUGGGGGUUCCCUGUCACUGGACCCCAGCAGGCAGUUCGAGAGGUUCCUGGCUGCCCACUAGUCCCUGCCACGACUCUCUGUGCCCUCCUGCCCCAUCGCUGUUGUCCAACUAUUUAUUGACUCCAGGUCUUUCCUGAAACUAUAUUUUGUCAUAUCAAAUAAAGACAAAGAGAGAACAGGACUAAAGAUGCAGGGGUACCUCUCUCUUUGGGGCAUGCAUUGGGUAAAACUGUCUAAAUGGGCUGUGGGGUAUAGGGGAGACCCACAGCCUCUCAGCCCUCUUUUUAAAAAGAAUUUUUAGGAGCUUCUAGAGGUAUUGAGAAGAGGGAGGAGAAAUUGAGCUCCUUUCCAGAUCCCUGGUUCUCAGAAGGGCCUUUGGGGAAAGGGGAGAGCACGUAGGCAAGUCUGUACUGGCUUUCCCCAUGCUGUGGCUCUCCAAGGCUUUCAGGCCUCUGCAUCCCACUCCCACCUUGGCUAGGUGGGUCUGAGGCCUCUAGACUGGCAAGCAGCCCCCACUGCAUGCCAGAGCUAAUCUGCAGGGCCUGGGGGCUCCAUGGUGCUCAGACUCAGACCGGGCCUCUGAAGAUCUCUCCCAGGACUAGGUGUUCCCUGAGGGGGCCUCGUUGGACAGAGAGGGAGGGCCGAGCCCUCAGCCUAGGGGCCCAUUUGGUCCCAAGAAGGCUCCUCAGAUAGAGCUGGUACUGCUUGGUGAAGGGGUCUGGGGGGGAUUGGAGGAAGUGUGUCUCAGCUUUUUAAGAUACUGGGGGAGACGGGAGCAAGGAGGGCAGCCUACGGUGUACCUGCCUGGCAGGAAAUGUGCAGACUGUUUCCCCCACUUCUAGGGCCUGAGGCUAUGCAGGAUGAUUAGCUGGGAGAGGAGCUGCAUAGACUGGUGCCUGAGUCCUUCUGUUUGCCAUCAUUUGUCUCAGUCUCUGGGAUUUUGUGUGGAGGGGGAGGGCGGGCUAAAGGGAAGGGGAAAAGGCAGAUAAUUCAGGUGGUGCCGAGGCUGGCUGAGGCCCACACUCUGCUCUGCUCCAGGUUCCUGGGAUGGGAUGGGGGAGGAAGUACUUUAUAGGAGAAACAAAUGUGGGAAGGGUCCAUAAAACUUUACUGCAUUUCCUCUCCCGCCUCCCACAACGGGGGUGACUUCCUGGAGCCAAGCCUAGGCCCCCCACACUGGGGGAGGGAGCGGUUCAGGAGCUGGGCUGGAAGGCUGCUCUUACAGCCAAGAGGGAAAGGGAGCAGAGAGACUCUGGGGAGGGGCAAGGGGAAUGUUUAUGAUUAUUAAUGCUGAUGCUCCUUGGAUUUAUUAGAAGGACUGACUUCUCUGCAUCCCACUGCCUAAGCUAUCCGUCAUUUUUUUUUAAACGCCGGAGUCUUUCCUCACCCUGUGCCCGGCACGUAGGAGGUCUCAACAAAUGUUUAUUGAUCUGCGCCCAUUGCUACAGGCUUCCCUUCGCACUGCACUCAGGCCAGGUUAGGGCGCCAGUUGCGUCUCUCCCUGACUAGCACACAGCAGUCGGCCCGGCCCAGCACCAACUCGGCUCCCCUCUCAAUCCCUCACGCUCUCUCCCUCUCUCUCUCAAAUAAAAUGUGUAAUUUUCUUCAGGGAGUUAUUUUAAUUUUUUCUCCAUGCUGAGUAAAACUAUUGGGCGGGCGGUGAAGCGUGGAGAAGCACUGGCGUCUCCAAUGGGUAACAGUUAACUAAGAAAGGGGCCGUGGCGCCCGCCAUCACGCACUCCAGCAUCCCUGGCGGCCGAUUCCCUGAGCUUCCUCCCCAGGGGACACACCGCCCCAGGGGUAGAACCGAGGGCUGGGCCAGGGCCAGGGUCAAAGCUGCUCAGACCCGCCUUGCAGGGCACAGCAGCCCCACCUUGCACGGAAUGCCUCCUUCCCGCAGUGUUAAGGCCUCUUUCCCUGGAGGAGCUGGAGGAUUGACUCAAGUUGGCCAGACUUGGGGAGACGCAGCCAGCGCCCGCCUGCCCCCCGCCCCUCCUGUCCGUGUGCGGGCCUGCCCCAGGCCCCAGCCUUUGCUUCAGCCGAAGCAGCGGCCACAACCUGGCCAGAGCCCUCGGCCGCACUCCCCUACGCUGGGACUAGGUUCGGCCCAGACCCUUGCUUUCUCCCUGAGCAGAGCCUUCUGCUUUGAAGCCUGGCAUGGUUCUCCCACCAGCCAGCCUCCUGGACCGACCUCCAAGCACCAGGAUUUGGCAUCGCUCUGGGAAAGUUAGUGGAGGGGCUUCUGGGUCCCAAGCAGGGACCAUGGAGCCUUCCUCCCCACUUUGCCCUGAAGCCCACCCCCUCUGGCAGCCAGCAAAAUAAAGGGGAAGAAGCGUGACUUACCUUCCCGGGGGAGUGGGAAGAGGGGGACACGACCCAUUCUGAGCAAUUAGAGGAGAGAGGAGGAAAAAAAAAUAGGAGGAAAAAAUAUCAACACGACC